GGUUCUGUGAUCCUCGGGCUUUAGAAUGGGCAAUGCCGUUGAAAAGCAGAAACCCCUGAGCCGAACCCAUCUGUGCCCCUGGAGACAAGACUCGCAGCGUUCACACCUCUCCUCCUUCACCAUGAAGCUGAUGGACAAAUUCCACUCUCCCAAAAUCAAGAGAACGCCGUCCAAGAAGGGAAAGCCCACUGAGGGGUCGGUGAAGAUUCCAGAGAAACCUGGGAACAAAGAGGCAAGAGACAGAUUUCUACCAGAGGGCUACCCUGUCCCCUUGGAUCUGGAGCAGCAGACAGUAGAAUUUAUGUCCACCAGUGCUGUGGCUUCCAGGUCUCAGAGGCAGAAGAACCUGAGCUGGCUGGAAGAGAAAGAGAAGGAAGUUGUCAGUGCCUUGCGCUACUUUAAGACAAUUGUGGACAAAAUGGCUAUUGAUAAGAAGGUACUGGAGAUGCUUCCAGGGUCCGCCAGCAAGGUGCUGGAGGCCAUCUUACCCUUGGUGCAGACCGACCCCCGGAUCCAGCACAGCUCAGCCCUCUCCUCCUGCUAUAGCCGGGUGUACCAAAGUCUUGCCAACCUCAUCCGUUGGUCUGACCAGGUGAUGCUUGAAGGGGUGAACUCAGAGGAUAAGGAGACAGUGACAACGGUGAAGGGCGUCAUCAAGGCCGUGCUGGACGGAGUGAAGGAGCUGGUCAGGCUGACCAUCGAGAAGCAGGGACGGCCGUCUCCAACCAGCCCUGUGAAGCCCAGCUCCCCAGCCGGCAAGCCUGACAGUCAGCCCGAACUCCCCUUGACAGACCGAGAAAUGGAGAUUCUAAACAAGGCAACAAGUGCAUCGACCUCCACAGAGCUACUCCCAGACUCAGCCGACGAAGAGGCCGCGCCCCCUAAGCCCCCCUUGCCUGGCAUCCGGGUGGUUGAUAAUAGUCCCCCAGCAUUGCCACCUAAGAAAAGACAGUCGGCUCCAUCCCCUACCCGAGUGGCCGUGGUGGCCCCCAUGAGCCGGGCCACCAGCGGCUCCAGCUUGCCUGUGGGAAUCAACAGACAGGAUUUCGACGUGGACUGUUACGCACAGAGGCGCCUGUCCGGAGGCAGCCGGUCGUGUGGCGGCGAGUCGCCCCGCCUGUCCCCCUGCAGCAGCACAGGCAAGCUCAGCCGAUCGGACGAGCAGCUCUCCUCCCUGGACAGGGACAGCGGGCAGGGCUCCCGGAACACAAGCUGUGAAACGCUAGAUCACUAUGAUCCUGACUACGAAUUCCUCCAGCAAGACCUCUCCGACGCGGACCAGAUGCCUCAGCAAGCAGCCUGUCACCUUAGCCCGCUGCCAGAGUCCCUGGGGGAGUCGGGAUCUCCGUUUCUUGGCCACCCUUUCCAGCUGCCCCUGGGCGGCUGUCCCCAGCCUGAGGUGCCCUUGGCCCCAGGGCAGCAGAUGGACACCCCACCCGCCCUUCCUGAGAAGAAGCGCCGCAGCGCCGCCUCGCAGGGCCCGGACGGCUCCGGCAGCAGGACGCCCUACGAGCGGCACCCCUCGCAGUACGACAACCUCUCCGAGGAUGACCUGCAGAGCCAGACCCCCGGCCCGCCCGGCCCCUACCCGCCCUUCGCCGCUGUCCUCCCCUUCCAGCCCGCAGGCUUCACUGCUCCAGAAUCAGCAGGUGACCCCGAGAAGCCACCGCCUCUACCAGAGAAGAAAAACAAAAACAUGCUGGCCUACAUGCAGCUGCUGGAGGACUACUCUGAGCCGCAGCCGUCCGUGUUCUACCAGACGCCGCAGAGCGAGCACAUCUACCAGCAGAAGAACAAGAUGCUCAUGGAGGUCUACGGCUUCAGCGACUCCUUUGGUGCCGGAGACGCUGCCCAGGAGCUGGCCCCGCCACCCGCCCUCCCCCCCAAGCAGCGGCAGCUGCAGGCCUCCUUUGCUGCUUCUUCCUUCUCUUCUGUCUCCUACUGUGUCCAGCAAACUAAAGUGGCCUUCACCCCCGAGGACGGCAGUGCCACUCAGGGCCUCAGUGUGUCCGUGUCUAACUCCUUUCUCAGCCGGCACGGCAGCUUGCCCGUGCCCUCGUACAAAUCUGUGUUUAGGUCCUACUCACAGGACUUCGUGCCUCACCACCAAGCUUCCGUCCAACCUUUCCUUCCGCCUACCUCCUCCUCCUCUCCACACUUCCCACCUGUCCACCUGUCUCCGAGCUCGGACUCGGCAGAGCCCGCCGUAGCCAGGCCGCCUCCCGGCACCACGGACGGGCCUCUCUCGUCUUCUCAGGAGAGCAGCUGCCAUGGCCCUGUCCGCCUUUCUUCCGAAACCUCUUUCACUGACUCGAGCGCAAACGCCAGUGUGGAAGCUGGUGAGGGGGACUAUGUCAGUCUGUGUUCCUCUGGCCAGAGCAGCGAGGAGCGGGGUCCCCCUCGAGGAGAGACCCCGGCUGGGAAAGACGGACAUCCCAGAGAUCCCUCGACAGUCAGCACGCCUGGGAAGGACAGCAGAGAUGGCGGGGAGAGGGCCCCAAAGUCCCCGGAUGCUCUGGAGUCUCAGUCAGAAGAGGAAGUGGACGAGCUAUCGCUCAUUGACCACAAUGAGAUUAUGGCCAGGCUGACACUCAAGCAAGAGGGUGACGACGGGCCCGAUGUGCGUGGGGGGUCGGGGGACAUCUUGCUGGUCCACGCCACCGAGACAGACAGAAAAGAUCUGGUGCUGUACUGCGAAGCCUUCCUGACCACCUACCGUACCUUCAUCAGCCCUGAGGAGCUCAUCAAGAAGCUGCAAUACCGCUACGAGAAGUUCUCCCCUUUCGCGGACACGUUCAAGAAGCGCGUCAGCAAGAACACGUUCUUCGUGCUGGUGCGGGUGGUGGAUGAGCUCUGCCUGGUGGAGCUGACGGAGGAGAUCCUAAAGCUGCUCAUGGAGUUGGUCUUCCGCCUGGUGAGCAGUGGGGAGCUCAGCCUGGCCCGAGUGCUGCGCAAGAACAUUCUGGACAAGGUGGACCAGAAGAAGCUGCUCAGGUGCGCCCACUCCGACCAGCCCCUGGCGGCCAGGGGCGUGGCAGCCAGGCCAGGGACCUUACAUGACUUCCACAGCCAUGAAAUCGCCGAGCAGUUGACACUGCUGGACGCCGAGCUCUUCUAUAAGAUCGAGAUUCCAGAGGUUUUACUUUGGGCCAAAGAACAGAAUGAGGAGAAGAGCCCCAACCUGACCCAGUUCACAGAGCACUUCAACAAUAUGUCCUACUGGGUCCGCUCCAUUAUCAUGCUGCAGGAGAAGGCCCAGGACCGGGAGCGACUGCUCCUGAAGUUCAUCAAGAUCAUGAAGCACCUGCGGAAGCUGAACAACUUCAACUCCUACCUAGCCAUCCUCUCCGCGCUGGACUCGGCGCCCAUCCGCAGACUGGAGUGGCAGAGGCAGACCUCAGAGGGCCUGGCUGAGUACUGCACCCUGAUCGACAGCUCGUCCUCCUUCCGGGCCUACCGGGCCGCACUCUCGGAGGUGGAGCCCCCAUGCAUCCCCUACCUGGGUCUGAUCCUCCAGGACCUGACCUUUGUCCACCUGGGGAACCCGGACUUCAUCGAUGGGAAGGUCAACUUCUCCAAGCGGUGGCAGCAGUUCAACAUCCUGGACAGCAUGCGGUGCUUCCAGCAGGCGCAUUACGACAUUCGCAGAAACGAUGACAUCAUCAACUUCUUCAAUGACUUCAGCGAUCACCUGGCAGAGGAGGCCCUGUGGGAACUCUCACUGAAGAUUAAGCCCAGGAACAUCACGAGGAGGAAAACAGACCGAGAGGAGAAGACCUAGGAGCCGGGCUGGACGCCAGGAGCGGACUUGGAGCAGCCAGGCCGGCCGAGGUGGCCAGCUCUGGCCCGGCCCAGCACGGGCCUCAGGCAGAGCCCACGGCAGCUUCGGCCCAGCCCCUGGGCCCAUGGCCAGCCAGCAGGCAGGCCUGGACUAACUGGUGAACCACCGUCCCCUGGCCUGGUUGUUUUCUGCCCGCCUCGCGCCCCCUCCUGUACCCCAGGCCCAGGUGGGGCAGGACCUCGUCAGCCAGCAGAGAGGGCAGACCCCGGCCCUCCCUAGGGGCGGGCUCCCCAGCCUUCAGAGGAGCAGAGGCCAGACACUCAGGGCACCCAGACGGGAUCGGCCCAGCAUAGGAGGCUGAGAAGGGCCAGGGAGACAACUGGGCACAGGAGGCAGAGGGCCAGAGAGACAGCGGACGCCUCAGCCAUGGUGUGCCCCGGGGGGGAUGGCAAGUGACGCUCAGUCCUAGUACCCAUCACAGCCCCCGUCCCCGCACCUUGUCCUGCCCCACCUCGCCAGGCUGCUGCCCUGUCUGCACUCGGGGUCCCAGGCCCUGCCCACACCUCCUCGCACUGGAGCUAGGCGUUGGCGAAGGAAAGGGGGUGCCGGGUUGGGCCAGGCUGAGCUGGAGAGCAGAUCCAGAAGUGGGGGUGCUUCGCCGCCCUGGGGAGGGCCGCAGCCCACACCCCCACCCCGCACCUGCCCUGUGCCUUAACCGCCACCUGAUGCCCUCCCAGCCCCACGGCUGCUGCUAGCUGGCGCUCCCCCAGGAGCCAAAAGUUCCUGACCCCUCGUACCCAGCUGUGGACUGGGGCUGUGGGGUCCCCGAGUGUGGCGUGUGGGGGUGGAGGCAGCACCUCUCAGCCAGGCGCUCUGCCAAGGGUACCGAUCCCAGGUGGUGUGCGGGGAUCCAGGCAGAGGUGCCCAGGACCACCGCAGG